AUGAAUCCUUCGGACCCCGAGACCAAAGAUGAUGCAAGUGGUAUCAGUCAGUCCCGCCCGCAAACCCGAUACCACCCUCCCUGCCGCACAGUACCGAGACGCGGCCAAGACUUCCUGCAGCUACCACUCUUCUUGGACGUCUUCGUCCAUCUUGGCGGCAAGCCGGCGGAGUCGGAGUUGCGACAGAGCCCGAGACGCGGAGCAAGCGAGGUCUCCUGUAUGCUGUAUGUGUGCUCUCAACAUCGGGCCCUGAUGAAUCAUUUUGACGCGGCCUCUUCGCUGCCCAACUCUCACAAGGUUCCCGCUGACUUGCGGCGGCUAUGUACACAAGUUAUCUCCGUCACAUCAUCGCUCUUAGCCGCCGUCGGCCGCGUCCCACGGCCGACACAUUUCCAGCUUCCCUCUGCCGUUGGAAUUGUGACCCCACCUCUUCGCGAUGCUCCCGCAUGGACCCUUGUUUGUGUGCACCCUGGUCCGCCCUUCCCGAUUGCAGCACGCCGCCGCUGGCCCGCUGAUGCCGGUAGCGGGGGAUUCAACCUCACCGGGAACCAAACAUUAAGUCUGGUGGAAAGAGGCAAGCCGUGA